UCUCAAGCACACCAAACAUAAAAGAUUCAAUUUUUUUUUUUUUUCUUCUCCAACAACUCCUAGUUAUCCACAAGAACUCUUUAAACCCAAUAUGUACAUUUUUAGGCCUGUUUCAAGAAUGCUAGCAAUUCUUGCAAUUGCUUUGAUAGUCUUGAUUAAUUUUCCUGCUGAUGGCCAAAUAAGUACCCCAUGCACACCGUCAAUGCUUUCUACAUUCUCUCCUUGUAUGAAUUUUCUAACAAAUAGCAGUUCCAAUGGAACUUCUCCAAGUCAACAAUGUUGCAGUUCACUCAAGAACCUUACAAGUAAUGGCGUGGACUGUUUUUGCCUUAUUGCGACCGGAAGUGUUCCUUUCCAAAUUCCGAUCAACAGAUCCUUAGCUAUCUCUCUUCCUCGCGCUUGUAACAUGCCAGGCGUCCCACUCCAAUGCAAAGCCACUGGUUCACCAGUUCCAGCUUCAGGCCCUGCCUCACUUGGACCAACUCUUUCACCCAGAAUUUCUCCAUCUGCUAGUCCUAAAGCUUCUGUUGUGCCUGAGCCAACUCCAUCUGCUAUUCCACCAGAAUCCAGCACAACACCAGUUCUGCCUCCACCUUCAACAACAGUAGGUACUGGAGCCCCUACAUCGACAACUGGGAGCCGCCCGGUUCUGACUCCUCCGUCAGCUGCUGUCUCCUCUCACAGCUUUUCACCAUCUCUUCUAAUUUUUGCAUUAGGAUUUGUAACUUUGAAGUACUACUAGAUUGUUAUAGAUCUAUUCAUGCCUUUAUUUAUGAAUUUAGAAAUAUUCUUUUGAAGUUUGAUUAUUGAUUUUAGCCUUUUAGUAUAAUUCCCAUGAUUGAGUCCCCUAUUGGGUGAUAAUUUAUUAAAUAAAAUUUUUUUGUAUUA